AAACAUCCGACUGGAGGCCGUGAAACCCGACCAAAAGUUUGGUAGACCAAACUUUUUGUUGGGAAGCUGGUGUAUUUGUAGCAUGGGAGCGAGUCUGAUUGAUGCAUUGCAUGGAUAUAUGCACUUCUUGAGCCUUUGUGUUUUUUGUGUGCUGGUUUGAAUUGCAAUGGAGAAAGAUAAGCAGAUCGAUAUUGGUAACAGCAGCAGGCAAUAUGGUGGCGGUAGAGCUAAGAGCAAGAACAUGUCCGUGGAUCGCAGUAGGGUAAGAAUUUUGCUGUGUGAUCGCGACGCUGGGAGUUGCGAGGAGGUUUGCACAUUGCUGACAACAUGCAGUUAUCAGGUAAUAUCAGUUGCCUCGGCCGUGGAAGUGUUGGAUGCGCUGAAUGCCGAGUGGUCAUUCAUUGAUAUCAUACUCGCUGCAAUUGACCUUCCUAUAGAGGCAAGCAUGAGCAUGCUCAAGUAUAUAAUGCAGGAUCUGCAUUUCAAACACAUUCCAGUUAUCAUGCUGGCGACGCAGGAUGAAAGCCGUUUCCUUUUCAAUUUCUUAAAAUUUGGGGCCACUGAUUAUCUGGUGAAGCCACUGUGCAUUGAUCAAAUACUAAACUUGUGGAUGCACACUUGGAGGCAGAGGAAGCAACCUAAGGGGCUGGAGGCGCUGCAGAAGAACAUUGGUCUGGUGGUUUCGUCUGAAGCAACGAUGAACAACAUCUUGGUCUUAGAUGACACGGAAGAAGAGUUUGCAGAGGAUUCAAAGCCAGCUAUGUGUAUCAAAAAAUAAACAGCGGAAUCAGAAUUAUGCUGAGUAUUUAUAUUGCAAAUAAAAUUUGGUUAUCGGGUGAGAAUUUCGAACCAAAUUGUUGUCGGAAAAUAAGCAUAUGCUCCAUAGAGGAAAGGCUUAGGCUCGAAAGUGCUUUUAGAAUCUAUUCAUUCUUGUUUAAAUUUGAUGGUUGAGGCAAAAUCUUGGCUUAAACAUGAGAUGUAAUCAGCACUGAAAUUUCCUUAUCAUCGAAUG